GUUGGAAAGUGUUACUGCACUUUCGUGUUAUGUGUGAUGUCACCUGCCGGUGGAGAGCGCCAUAAGGGCACCGCUUCCAGAUAGUGUUGAGGGCCCAACUAGUGGCAGCUGGCAGGAGAAACGAGAUUUCUUCGUUUGCCCGUAGGAGAUAAAUCUCACUCGCGGGCAGCAUUUCGUGUGUUGUUUUCCCGGAUCUUGGUCGAUGUCCAGGGCUUAGGCCCCUACAGCGCACCGCCCUCCCCGGUAUUUCCCGUCUCACUAUAUUUUCUUUGCUUUAUUUGAACAAUACCGUAUUCUUGGCUUCUCAUCCACCUCCUUUGGAUCCAAACUGCAAAUAUACAUGAUCUGUUCGCUUCCAAGUUUGACGCAGGCCGACGAGCGCUGAAGCCUAGGCCAGUCACUGGCUCAUUGGCAUUUGGCUAAUAGACUAUCAGUACAACGGUUAAAAUGCGUACACGGUUUUGUCUUUCUUUGCAUCGUGCCUGUCGCAGAUCCUCGAAUAUCAUGGUAUGCUCCUGCGUAUGACGGCACAAGCCUCAAACAAAGGAGUCUUUAACUUCAACCGAAAAGUCAAGGGGUGCCCACCGUAUAAGGAUCGAUCUUUGUUGUGCGACCGUGCACCUAAGUUGAUGCUCGUUUGUCGCAGUCGUUUUUUUCGUGAUAUUUGGUUUCAGUGUGUGACACCUGGCGCCACGCAUGUCCAAGGGUCUUGGUCAGUGCGUACGAAGAAAGGAAGAGCCUCGCUUGAAAAGGCUGUGUUUCCUUGAUCCUCUCUUGCAACUGUUGCCAUCUAGUUCUCAAUUCGUGAAACUGGUGAGGUAGCCAUGGCGUUCUCUUUGGCGCAGAAGGCCCAGAAGUCAGUGCCCGCGGCGUGCACCUCCGUACGGUCACGCUUUGCUGGUCCUCAUCCGCUUUGCCACCGAACCACUCCGAGUUUAAACGCGAAACGCGGAAUCCCGUGUUCGCCUGUCCUUGAUGCCACGCCGCCGAGAAACCCACAUACGCAUGCUUGUCUUUCUUCCUCUUCGGACGUCUCUCCUCUCCCGUAUUCCUCGUACUCGUUCCCUGUCUUCCGCCCCACUCUGCGGCGGCACCUUCCUAACCAGCUUUCUUCACCUUCCCGUCGUUGCAUCAGGAUAUUCUCUGAGAAAAACGUUGGAUCGCCUUCAUCUUUGCGGGUUUGCUCUGGUCGCCUUCUUCCGACAGCGUCUCAUGCUGCGAGCCUUCUGUCACUCCGUUCGUUUAGCUCAGAUGUUUCUUCGGCCACAACCCAAUCCGAAAGAAGGAGAACCGAGAGUGGAACGCAGCACGAGACGAAGGACCUCGCAGCGGCGAAGGUAGCCUGGGCGACACCUGUUAAGGACAAGGGGCUUUCUCUGGUUGGCGGAAAAAAGAAACAAGAAGUGGACCGACAAGCGUUGGCAGCAUCGCUCGUUGCUCAGGGCGCAGAACCCUUUGUAGCGUUAAGUGCUGCAGAUGAGGUAGCUGCAGCCGGAAGCUUAGGUGCAGCGAUAAACGAAAGACUCAUUGACUUGUAUAAAAAUUCGGACGCAGGAGCGGCCGAAAGAAAGAAAACCUAUCACCCGUUCGUUCGCCCUGUCGAGGGAGUGGAGCGCCAGUUGCUUGCACUUGAGUCCGAACGCCUUCUUAGUGAUUCACUCUUGCUUGCCAUCUCACCGGCCCGCUCGGCGAAGUAUUGUGUGCCUCUCCCAAACGAGCACAGGGCGGCUUUUCCUCUGUUUUACUACAACUUUUUCGGGAAGCAUCGGCAAUAUACGAGCACUGCCUGGAAGUUUGUUCACCUAAUUUUGGAGAGGACGGAGGCGGAUUACCUGCAUGCAGCAUUUAAUAUCCCGGGAGGCUUCAAUGGGCGGUUUUACUUCUUUAUGCUGCACCUAUGGAUUCUUCACAAGCGUCUGUGCCUGGGAGUAAACCCCUGUAUGCAAGCUGAAAAGCAGCGCAAGCAAUUCCUGGCCCAUCGUCGGCGACUUUGGGAGAGUAGACAGAACGACAUGCCAAUGAGUGCUCUGGAAAACUCUGAACAAGCUCGUGGCUUCGUUCUCGAUUCGACUCGCCCUACGGCGCGCUCACAGAGAGCGUGCGCAACGAACUCGGAAAAGAGUGACACGAGUUGUACUCCGAAAAAUGAAAGAAGUGACGACGUCAUGGAUGAGACAAAGUCACCGGCGCGGGAGACGGACGAAGCAACUGGCAAGCCUGGUGGACAGAUGCAGCAAUCAACUGAUUCUGUCUGUGCGUGGGAUCAAAGACGGGAAGAGGAAGAAUACUUGCUUCGUGGAAAUCCGCUCCUUGUCGAUGUGGAGAAGGUCGUUGAAGGGGAAAUGAUUGACGCCGAGCUCUUCAAACUCACUUGGGACAUCAUCAGAGAUUGGAUUCUUCAAAAGCACGUGCCGGAGGCCCGGUUCGAAUUUGAGCUCCGGAACUGUCAGCAGUACGCGUUCGGCUUCUUUGCUGGACUGGAUGAGGCGCUCACCGACGAUGAGAUCUACGCCGCCAGAAUAAAGGAGAUUCUUUGGGGGAACGUGUACAGCGGCCAGGUGAGCUUCGACGACGCGCACCUCAAUUGGCUUACAAAAUAUCUCAUCCGGCAACUAACGCACGUCAUGCACAUUCACAAGGCGUACUUCUACAAAGCCUCGUUCACUUGGGCCGACUUCCCGAUGUCGGCAGACUUUCCCGCUCCUCGCAUUGUUCCACCUCUCGCGCAACGCGUACACUAUGGUGGUUAUACUCCGUCGGUCGCAGGGCCUGCGCCAAGUCGAAGGUCUCUCGGUGGUCGUCCUCUUCCUGAGCAGCUUUCACCGGGGACACGCCAAACGAGCCUGUCCUUGCUCUGGGAUCGUCUCAAGAGCAAACUCUGGCUGGGCAGACAAAUGGGGACCCAAGCCAAGAACUAGGUUGUUAUGUAAUUGUUUACUUUUGUUACGCAGUCAACAUGGUGUGAGCAGUGACCCUGCUUCGUUCGGCGUGACAUCCCUGGGAUCUACGCUGUUGUGUUCCAUCUGUCACAGUAGCUUCGUUAGUGACCUUAAGAUCGUGCAUCAUAUUGUGAAGAGGGUGAGAUGGGCGUCGAAAUUCGGAGGCCAAGUGAUUUUGAAAAACCUGUUCGAUCAGUUUGUCUGUUUUAUAUUGGAGCCUGACUUGUAAACUCCCACAUCUAGGGUUGCUGGUGAACCGCAGUAGGCAUCUAUGA